AUGUCUCAAAAUGUUCUCAUCACCGGAGCUGCUGGCUACAUUGGUGGCUCCAUUGUGGCAGAUAUCCUGUCACGAGAUGAUGAGACUCUGAGGAGUGUAGCCUUGUUCGCGGCUGUGCGAAGCCAAGAACAGGUUGACCAGAUCUCCAAGAUCGGAGUGAAGGCCAUCUUGAUUGACCUCAACGAUAAAUCGGCCGUUGAAGAUGCCAUCAUUCAAAAUAACAUUAAUAUAGUUGUGCACACUGCCAGUGGUAUGCACCCAGCUAUAGUAUCCAACUUGAUCACUGCCCUCGGAAAGCAACGUCAGACCAGUGAGUCUGGGACAUAUCUGAUUCAUUCAUCAAUUGCUACCAUGUUCACCGAAGAAGGCGGAUGGCCUUACGGUGAAGUCAAGGACAGUGACUCUAUCUUGGAUAAGGAAAGAGAGAUCGGAUUCGACAACCCUGUGCGAGCAGUCAAUAGUCUCCUCGCCGAAGAGGGUAAGAAUCAGGGCGUAGAAACUUUCAAUGUCGCCGUUCCUAUGACGUAUGGGCGUGGCACUGGAGAGUGCAGAAAGCUUUCCGUGAACAACCCAGCCAAUAUUCGGACAAGCAUCAAGCUCAAGGCGGUUCACAAAUUUGACAAAGAUGGACAAUUUGGAACUGUGCACAUCACCGAUCUGACUGACAUCUACGUGCGACUUGUCAGCAGGAUCUUGAAGCAAGAGCCCAUCCAAGUCGGCCACGAUCGCUACUUUUUUGCCAUCGCCCACAAGGCACAUUGGUGGAAGAUAGCGGAUAAGAUUGCUGAAGGACUUUAUUCUCGUGGUCUUGUGACGGAGCCCAAGGCCAAGAUUUGGUCUGACUACCAAACGGCCGCUGAUAGUCUUGGGUUUCCAAGAGCUUACAUUGGAGCUAUGGGAACACAUAGUGGUCAGCUUGUCCCAACAAAUGUGUACGAGUUGGGAUGGAAGCCCAAGUGGGAUUCAGAGGAAAAGCUUUUGAGUCAAAUUGAUGACGAGAUCAAGGAUGUUCAGGAGCUGGAUACGGUCAAAAUGUCUCUUUUCGACAGUCUUGUCGCGGAUCAGUCCAAGUAG